GACGAGGUAAAUAGUUCCGGAUUUUGGGGUUGGCCAAUAGGAGGUAGCGAGAGCUAAGCGGAGGCUCAGAGGGGAAUCGAGCCUUGACCUCGCUUCUCAACACAAAUGAUCUUUGCAAUGACGAGUUAUGAAGAGGGAGAGAAAUGACUAUUUCAGUUACAAAUAAUUUAUCCGCAUCCAAGCAUAUCCGGAAAAGCUCCACACAAUAUAAAAUCAAUAUAGUUUAAUCGUCUCUGAAUCACCGCCCUUGUAAUAUGAAUAAAUAAACAUAAACAUAAAACAUAAAUGCCCCCUAAAAACCCCAAAGCCUCAGUCUGCGUCAUGUCUUUUCAAGGUCUCUGUGAUGAACCGUAAUUCAUCAUUAAAACAACAUCACAGCUUUUGUCCGAAUGAGUAAUCGUCACAAAAGUUUCCCACACUUGGGUUGCCAUGGUUGCUUUUGCUUUCCAAAAUAAAGCUCUGCCAUCCGCAUCAAUGAACACAAUGUUGAAACGCUUCGCAAGGGGCAGCGACACCGUCAAAGUCGUAAAUCGCUCCGCUUUGAGCAUUUCAAAACACCCCCAAAAGAUUUUUUUACACUAUUACACAAAACAAACUCUGCCCGCGUUCUGUAUAUGAUUUAAGCUGCUACGGGUUUGGUUGAAAUCAAGAGCUGGGAUUGAAGCAAACACACCCACUUGACAUCCCGUCUUGUCCUGACACGACUUAAAAGCUGACAUAUGGUCUUGCGUAAGAGAACAGCGCUCUCAUUUUUUGACACAACAUACCCAGAGGUCAACUUCCUCAACCGUCAGCUAUUGUUACUCUCAUGAUAGUGUAACCACGGCAACGGUUGCGUACCCCAACUCGAACCCCCGCCCCAUACCCGCUUUUACGGCAGGUUCGGAUUAGAAUCACGCUUGUGGAAUUCCACUCACUCCAGGUAGAUUCCAAAUCCUGCGACCAAUCAGGGAAACCGUGCAGGAAUGAACUCUCCCUUUGUGUGUGCGUGUUUCCUCCAGGUGUGCGAGCCCCACCUAUAGACGGCGGGAGACAGGAGGAGGGAAAAAGGAAAAGUAUGAGGAGGGAUGCAGGUUUCUUGUAGUGCUGCCCAGGUGUGAACACUCCACUCCCAGUGGCUCCGCGGCGUCCACACCUCGUGUUUUUUUUUCCCGAUUAUCUUGGAGCGACCGGCGCGAUGGGCACAUGCCCCGAAUGAGAGACGUCCGCAUGGCUACACGCUGAGUAGGCAUCGAUGCAGCAACGAAUCGUGCCUUGCAACAAGUCUGGAUAGGAUUGAACAAGAGGAUUGAACGGAGGGGAAAAUAUCCAAGGACACCAAAGGAGGGAGCAAAUUCCCGGUGUGCAUUUCCAAAAUGAGUCCAGUGGGUUUACCUGAGGAUCACAAGUUGGCAUUCGCACUCCUCUGCCUCCUGCGCAUCCCCUUGACAUGUUUAACUCAAUCAACAUCAACGAACGCGAUCAGUAACGGGAGCGCAAGCGCUUCCUCCUCAAACGCCACCUUCGGGGAGGCCAUUUCGGGUUGCGGCCCGGGACUCGAUCCUCUCUAUAGGUACCUGUGUGACCGCAAAGCCAUGUGGGGCAUCAUCCUGGAGACCCUGGCCUCCUCGGGCUUCCUCUUCAGUAUGUUCCUCCUGCUCGGCCUCCUUAUCUGGUCGCUGUGGGUCUGCGUCUUCUUACGGCAGCAACGCAGCAACAUCGGAGGCACGGUGGCCUGCAUGUCCAUGUUCUUGUUGGCCACGGGCGGAAUCUUCGCCAUCACCUUCUCCUUCAUCAUCCAGCUCAGCCCCCAGACGUGCCCCACCAGGCUCUUCCUAUUCGGCGUCUUCUUCGCCUUGGCCUUUUCCUGCUUGCUGGCUCACUGCCUUGCUCUGCUGGGCUUCGCGGCCGCCCGAGGCUGGGGCGAGCCCGCCAUGGCUUUGGGGCUUUUCACCGUCCAGGUGAUCAUCUCCACGGAGUGGCUCAUCCUGGUAUUGGUGCGUGAUAAGAAGCCGUGCGAGUACAGCCAAGACGAGUUUGUCAUGCUGCAGAUCUACGUCCUGUGCCUCCUGGCCGUCAGCUUGAUACUGUCCACGCACUUCCUGUGUCGCUCCUGCUUCACGUACAGCUACAGCUACGCGGGGGCCACCCACCAGCAGAGUCGCCAACAGGCUGUGCUCCUCUUCCUCACGCUGUUGCUCUCCGCGGGCAUCUGGGUGGCGUGGAUUGCAAUGCUCAGCAGAGGGAACGCGAAGUUCGGCCGGCGGCCGCAGUGGGACGACCCGACGCUCGCCAUGGCAUUGGUCGCCAACGGCUGGGUGUUGUUGAUGGGACAUGGCUUGUCGCAAAUUGCCUUCCUGUGCAGGGGGGAGGCCAAGUCCAGGGAGGUGCCCCUGAGCUUUGCGGGCUGGACCAGCCCCAGUGCCGAUAUCCCGGGAUUGAACAGUCCCAAAGCGGGAACGGAGAAUGGAAGCUUCGAGAAUGACCCACAAAACAGAAGAGGCGGGCGAUCUGAUCCAACACUGCGAUCGCCCUACGAGUCCGGAUUCUCUAUGACCGAAAUUGACCCCAAUAAAGAUUAUAGCAUUCCUCGCCCUCAGAGCACCAACUACAGAGAACCAUAUGACGAAUAUUAUGGACAAUUUUAAACUCUCUUUCUUGCACAUACAAGUACAUGAAAAAAAUGCUCUUUUACUUGGUACAAAAACAAAUGUUUAUGUAUGGCCUAAUUGUAAAUACUGUGUGACUGAAAGAUGAAAAAAAUGAAAUAUGUACUUAUAGUAGACUAUAAUUAGGGUUGUUUUUAGGAGGUCUACUUCAGGAGUAACAAUGAACCCUAAUUUGGUAUACGCCUCACGCCUCUCUAAGAAUGUUGUGAUUCCAACCCGUCCUCACACAAAGAAAAAGAUCAAUAAUACAAACCUGUAAAAAGAACUACAAUUAUAGAGUGGUGUAACUUUAUUGUAAAUGAUUAUGUAAAUCUAAAAAAAAAAAAUACUAAACCAAAAAUCUAAAUUAACCUAGUGUACUCCCAGUUAGCAACUGUUGGGACAUCUCAGCUCUCCCUUGUAUGCAGCUCUGCACUAAAGUGCGCGUCGGUUCUGUGCGUCACGCAUGCAACCCGAAGAGUUCUCCUCUGAGAUUAGAAAACCCCAAAUAAGAAUAUGAAUAAUACCGUGUAUGAUACUGCACAUAAUCCUGUCGUCUUCCACAUGUUUCUUGUCAUGAUUCAAGCUGCUGUUGCAUCUCCACGCAAACCUGUAAAGCAACAUCGCAAAUGCAAAUUUAUUCUCAACAAGAUGGUAUACAGAGCAGCCCUGAGGUGAUAGAACGGGUCGGAACUGUCAGUCAGUAGACAUUAGCAAAGGGAAAGAAGGGCAGGCAAGCACAAGAUUAGAUUCCUCAAGCCCUACUCAUUGAUUAACGUCGUCACGUGCCAAGUUAUAGCACACUUCCUGGUAAAUGUAUAUUUAAAGACGAGUUACUGUUGUCAAUAAAGGUUUCUUGAUAUAUAAA